AUGAAUGCAGGCUCCUACAACGCCCGACGGAGGAAAAGAGUCUCUAGAGCAUGUGAUCGCUGUCGCAGGAAACGAGAAAAAUGUGAUGGCAGACGCCCUACUUGCGCUUCUUGUCAAUCUUCUGGUCAAUUCUGCGCUUAUGGCCCCUGCACGAAGAAACGUGGUCUGCCAGAAGGAUACGUACGCGGAUUAGAGAAACUCUGGGCGCUAUCUAUAUGUAAUAUCGACGGAUUUGAGGACACCAUACUUUCCAUGUUGGGCAAAACAGCGGAUUCAGCCGGUCGCCACUGCAAUCUAAUGUCGGCAUGGGUGGAAAAAGAAAAUUCGGAGAGCUUGCAUAUGCUAUGGAAGUCAAGCCGCUUGUUCAAAGAGCUGGAAAGAAUACUAUCUGCCUCGAAGCUUCCAUGCGCAACAGAAGAUCAACCGUCCAGAUCCAUCGAUGAUCAACUGGAUAGUCAGUCAUGUAUUGAAGUUACCGAAGAAGCGGUGCCUGGGGUUUCUACUGUACCGAGGCUGACUAUACAAUCCGGUCUCUUACGUGGCCCCCAACCAGCCCAAGAGAUUGCUAGCCAAUAUGUGUCUGCUGAAGUCUCAGCAGCCCCGGUACGACUGAUGUCUCAGACAUCACAGUUGCUGAAAAAUUAUUUUACCCUGACUCACUCCUGGUUCCCUGUUGUCUCCAAAAGCAGUAUACUCAGGACAUCAUUCACACUUGACCAUAUACCAGGCACAGUUGAGACUAAAUCGCCAGCAUCUGGGGAUCAUGCAGCUCUGUGGGCGACCCUUAGCUACUCUAUCACUCAGUACGGCGUGGAAACGGGUAUCGAACAUACGAGAGCUAUGUCUCUUGCAGAAAAGUACUCAACUGAGGCUCAAAAUCUCAUUCCGUUUGAAUUAGAACGCUGCGAGCUCGGCCACAUCCAAGCUUUACUUCUACUGGCUCUGGUGGAUAUGAACAUGCAGGCCUGGGAGCCUGCUUGGCUACUUAUAGGGCAAGCUAUCCGAAUGGCGUUCACUAUAGGCUUGGGCUCUUCGAGUGAUAUUCGAAGAUACGACAAGCCAGAACAGGGUAAAGCAACACUCUUCGGCUGCUAUGUUCUUGAUUCUUUGCUAUCAUACCGCCUCUUGAAAUGCCCUAGAAUGUCACCAAUUGACCUUGCUCAAGUUGGACUGCUGGAAGAAGAUGGACAAGAAGACUGGACAUCGGGGGUGAAGAGUCCGUCUCCAAGAGAACCGCUGCUGGCUAUCGGCUGUUUCAAUCACCUAGUACAGCUGGCAAAUAUUCUCAACAGACUUGCUCCAAAAUUGUUGAUGGGGCACAAUGGAGAGACUGUUGCAAGACAACUGUUGAUGGAUCUCGAGCAGUGGGAUGCCAAUCUCCCCAUUGGGUGUCGUCUGAUGGGACCAGAAAAUAUGUACCUCGAAAGAAACUCAAGCACGCUACCCCAUCAAACGUACCUUAGCUUAGCCUACAUUGCGACACUCCUCUGGUCAUACUCACGGCUCAUUCCUGGAGAAAAGGGAUUGCAUCCUUGGCUGCAACCGGCAACUCAGGGGGCCAAGAGACUUCUAUGUCGAGGACUCUCAAUGAUCACGCAACAUCUGGAGAACUUCCCCAAAAGUGGAAUACCUCCAAUUUUCGAGUUCAGCCUGCAUACCAUAGCCGAGAAAGCCUUCUCGCUAUGCGACACUGCCAAUCCAUCAGACACAUCUCUCUUUGUGGAGUGGAUCGAGACCUUUAUGCAGAAAGUGAUUCUGCUAGUUCCAACAUGGUCUCCACAUGCAUCUUUGAUGUCGACAACAGAAAGCUGUCAGAAGUCUGUUGGAUCCUCCACUGGCCAGAUUUCUGCUUUUUCAUCCAAUAUUGACCACCCUAACUUGUCAAGGGAAUCGUCUUUGAUCAUGGAACCAAGAGGUGAUUUCAUCGAUGUACUCCCAAAACCACACGGAGGCUGUAUGUCGCCCACUGCUUGUACAGAAUCUCUAAUUGACGCACAUUUAUUGACAAUCAAAACUGCAGCGAUUGACAGGCCCGAUAUAUUGACGCUGCAACCUCCUGUACAGCAAGUCAUCACCUUGAACAUGGCAGCGUUGCAGAGCGAGCCUGCUUCAAUAAGCCUACAGGGGCUUAUCAAACCACAGCUACGCAAGACUGGCAUCUUCACCCCUAAUGUCAUGUCUGCCGGCAACGAUCCCGGAAUAGAACCAUCUACCAUCAUCGAUGAUGGCAUGGCGGACAACCAUGAUUGCAAAGAGUAUCCUGAUGCCUUCUUAGGGGAUUUGGCAUACCCUAAUGCCAUCGGGUGGUCUAAGAGUCGCGAAAGCGGCAUUGACGACUUUGAAUCCUUGGGUAACAGUACUUUUCAUGAAAGCUCUCAUAGCCAGGAUAGUUCAUUCGAGUUACAAAAUGUCAGUCAGCAUCACCCAAUUACGCAACCUUGGCCAGAUUCGAAUCCGUUCGCUGGGACCUUUCAAUGUGAGGCGCCGAUUGGGCGUUAA